AGAAUAGAAGAAAGAAUAGCUUCGGAGAAACGCAGAAGAAAGAAUAGAAGUAAGCACAGAAGAAUCGUGAAGGAAACAAAGAUGGCGGGUGGUGGCGGAAAGGUGUCGUUCAAGGUGACACUCACUUCUGAUCCCAAGCUUCCCUUCAAAGUGUAUGCUGCACCUUUCACUGCCGUUCUCAAAUUCGCUGCCGAAGAAUUCAAAGUCCCUCCGCAGACCAGCGCUAUCAUCACCAAUGAUGGUGUUGGCAUAAACCCUCAGCAGAGUGCAGGGAAUGUCUUUCUUAAGCAUGGAUCAGAACUGCGCCUGAUUCCCCGUGAUAGAGUUGGUGCUUCUUGCAUGUUACGGGGGGUGUGAGCGGAUAUCAAACCAUUUUAUUUAUAUAUACCUGUACUAUUGUAGUCUGAUAGUUAAAAAUAUUAAGUACCAGUGUUACUGAUCUCAUAGAUUGGGAUCAAAGGGUAUCUUUAACUCAUAAGUUUAUUUGAAUAAUGAAAUAAGUUUUUGGGAGAUUUUUUGUAGUUAA